AUGAACAAAGACUCGUGCUUCACCUUUGUGCACAUGCACCGUUCUGGUGACGCUGAUCUCUUCGAGGACUUCUGCAAGGACAAGCUCCCCGAUGACGAGAUUUACGUCCCGCCUCAGCACCGUCCCAUCAAUCCAGAGGAUGAGGACGACGUUGUCCCUGAUCAGCACGCUGCCUUUGGAAUCCAGCGCGCGACACAGCGUGUCAAGGAGCCCGCGUGGAAGGACCUGGGCCUGUCAGAUCUGAUGAGAAAGGGCCCUGGGCCAGAGAGCAAAGCUGCUGGGCCUAGCAAGGCGUCAAAGGCACUGCCGCGGUGA